AUGUCGUCCAUUCCUUCGAAGAAGCUAUUCGUAUUUGGUCUUGGCUAUUCGGCAUCCCGAGCAGCUCAUGCAUUCCAUUCUAUCGGGUACCAAUUGUUUCGAUUCGAGUCAUCGACUACUCACCCGCAAAGUGUUUUCCUCUUUGACGGGGACACAUGGAGCGCUACUAAUUCAUUAUCACUUGAAAAAGCUCUGCAAGGAGUCACUCACGUACUAGUUUCAGUACCAACGGGGCGUUUGGAAGGCCAGGCAGAUCCUGUUUUAGCCGCUUUGAAAGAACCACUCAUCCGCGCCACCAAAGACUCGAUCCAAUGGGUCAGUUACUUAUUGACCAUAGGAGUUUAUGGAGAGACUAAUGGUGUAGAAGUUGAUGAGUCGGCUACGGUCGGUUCUUCGGUGGGUAGAUCUCAGAUGCGGAUCAAGGCUGAAAGAUUGUGGUUAGAUUCGGGUCUUCCGGCUCAUGUGUUUCGAAUCGCCGGAAUCUAUGGCCCUGGUCGAGGUACACUCACAAAAGUUCGAAGUGGAACGGCAUCGAUAAUCCAUAUUCCAGGUCGGAAGUUUAGUCGAAUUCAUGUCGAUGAUAUCGUUAAUAUUUUACUGGCAUCGGCAGCCCAGCCGAAUCCAGGCGGAAUCUACAACAUUACCUCCUCAACAGUCGUGGGAGAAGCGGAGAAGACUAUGAGUGCCAUGGCAAAAAGUUUCUAUGCGGAGAGCAAGAUUUGCGCCAAUCGUCGGAUUAAGGAAGAGCUAGGAGUGCAGCUCAUCUAUCCGACAUACCGUGAAGGUUUUUUAGCCCAAAUACUUGAGGAAGACAAGCUGUCUACAGCAGGUGAUGUUCUGUCUUGUCUUGCUGCUAGUAAGACUCUUCCACGGUUGGUGGUGCUUGUGAAUAUUGGAUCACUGCGAGCUGAGCCGUACCUUGACCUACGUCAGAUCAGCUUUCGACUGAGUCGGUCUAUCGGUCAGCCUGUUGUGCCUUGUAGCUUUCGAUUUUCGAAUCGCGUUAACCCUAACGAACUGUAUGGGCUCGAAGCCAAGACUUUUGGAAUGUACGCUGACAGAAUUUCUCCAAAGACAAUCAACAAAGUUUGGGCUGCAGCCACACCAACGCCCUCAAUGCCACUCACUGUUCGCGUUGGCGGUUGCCUUGUUGACCAAGAGAAUGCGGAAGAUACUCGGGUGGCUCAAAUUCUCUUGGAGCGUAUUCUAGCUGUAGUGGACUUGAAGACGGUGACUGACGAUGUGAACGUUCUAGUAGUGGACCAUGGCACACCAAGCCGAGACGUAAACGAGGCGCGUGAGCUCGUCGCCCAGGCGUUGCGUGGUCUUUUGCAGAGGUACGAGCACGUCAAACUGGUCGAUACCGCGUGCAUGGAGCGCCGCGAAGGUGCAGAGUACGAUUUCAAUGAUCCACUAUUGGCUCAAGCUCUUGACUAUUACACCGUGAAGACGGGAAUCGUUGUCUGUGCCAUCAUGUUCCUUUCUAACGGUCGCCAUGCUGGCGAAAAGGGUGAUAUUAAGGAGAUCAUCGAGGACGUCAGAGCGAGACACCCGGGCGUGGACGUCUGUGUCACAGAGGCGCUUGGAAUGCAUGAGCUGCUGUCCGAGAUUAUGAAGGACCGCUACCGUACUGUCCUAGCCAAGGAGACCCCGGAUUACACGUUGCCUAAUGACAAGUAA